CUCCAUGCAGCACACCAGCAACAUACUUAUUCAUUGAUAACAUGGCAGCAGCAACUAUACCCAAAACCUCUUGGGCAGAUGACGUUGAUGAGCUUGAUCAACCAAAGAUUGAGGAUUAUGUGGAUGAGAAUGGAAUCCGUAUCACUAUUGAGUAUGCUAUAAAUGAUGAGGGAAAGAAGGUCAAGAUAACACGUAAGAUAAAACGUACACUUCAAAAAUCCGUCGUCGAGCACACGGUUGCUGAACGCAAGAAAUGGGCCAAGUUUGGCAAGGAACGAGGGAACAAGGAGGGACCAGAUCGAGCGACGACCACAGUAGGAGAGAAUGUGGCUUUGAAAAUUAGUGCAGGAAACAAAUCCUCUGAGCCGGAGGUAACGCCCGAGCAAAAUAUCAAAACCGAACUUGCGAAGGCCGGUGCAGGCAAGGUUGUUUGUCGUCUUUGCAAAGGUGAUCACUUCACCGCCAAGUGCCCAUAUAAGGACUCUCUUGCUGGUCUCGAAACUGCUGACCUACCACCUACUGAUGAUGCGGCCGACGUACCCGCUCCUGCAGCCAGUGGGGCGACCGGUGGCAAAUAUGUACCACCAUCAAUGCGUGGUGGCGCUUCUCGUCCUGGUGAAUCCAUGGGACGCCCAGGCGGCUCUCGUGAAGACCUCCCCACACUCCGUGUCACCAAUAUCUCUGAAGACACGCAAGAAUCCGAUCUCCGCGAGCUUUUCGGCACGUUCGGGCGUGUAGCGAGGGUUUAUGUCGGCCGUGACCGAGAGACGGGUAUUGGAAAAGGCUUUGCUUUUGUAUCCUUCGACGAGCGCGCUAUUGCGCAACGGGCAAUGGAAAAACUAAACGGCAAAGGUUACGAUAAUCUAAUUCUGAGCGUACAAUGGUCACAACCAAGACCAGACGGUCGCUGACGUGGGUUCCCUCGAGAGUCGAGGAGACGGAGACGCAUAUGUAGCGAUAUAUGUCGACAACAAUAAGGCUCUGAAUUUUAAUCGACUCGUUUUGAAAUCUUUAUCAGCACCGGCACUUCUCGAGACAGAAAUGAAGUACUUGGAUGGGAUUCUC